AUGGAAAUGGCAAGUGAUGAAAAAAACAAUACAAAUGUUACUGUUGAUAGAUAUAUUAGCCAAUUAUAUAAUCUUAGUCAAGAAGAUAGCAAUUGGAUCGUCACGAGUUCUUUUAUGAUUUUUACAAUGCAAACAGGAUUCGGAAUGCUAGAAUCCGGUUGCGUUUCUUUGAAAAAUGAGGUCAAUAUUAUGAUGAAGAAUGUAGUCGAUAUAGUCCUUGGUGGUCUAACUUAUUGGAUUUUCGGAUUUGGAUUCAGUUUUGGAUUAUACGAGCCCAACAACCCUUUUAUCGGUAUCGGAGGUCUAUUCAUAGAUCCUCCUAUCGAUGAUGAAUAUAUGGGUUCCAUUUGUGCCGCGUUUUUAUUUCAAUUAAGCUUUGCCACCACUUCCACAACCAUCGUUAGCGGUGCUAUGGCUGAACGAUGUAAUUUUAAAGCGUAUUGUGUCUUCUCGUUUCUAAACACUAUUGUGUAUUGUAUGCCAGCCGGAUGGGUAUGGGGCGAUCACGGCUUUCUAAAUAACAUGGGAGUUGUCGAUAUUGCUGGUUCAGGGCCGGUACAUCUUGUCGGCGGUAUUUCAGCACUUGCUUGCGCUAUCAUGCUCGGUCCUAGAAUAGGCAGAUAUGACAACGGCAUCGAUCCUCUGCCCCUUGGAUGCCCCGUUAAUGCGAUCAUGGGACUAUUCGUAUUAUGGUGGGGUUGGUUAGCGUUUAACAGUGGUAGUACAUACGGGGUAACCGGCGCACGAUGGCAGUAUGCCGCUCGAGCAGCCGUUUCUACAAUGAUGGGCAGUAUGGGUGGUGGUCUGAUCGGUUUAGGAUUCAGCUUGACUAAUCCGAAUGGGAUCGAUAUCCUUAGUCAGAUAAAUGGUAUUCUCGGCGCACUAGUGGCAAUUACCGGUGGAUGUUUUUUGUACAAAGCCUGGGAAGCAAUGAUAGUUGGGAUGAUAGGUGCUUUUAUCACAUGUGUUGCAAUGCCAGCAUUAGAUAAAAUUCGCAUAGAUGAUCCUGUUGGAGCUGCCGCCACUCAUGGUGCAAGUGGUAUCUGGGGAGUUAUCGCUAUCGGCUUAUUUGCUGAUAAUCCAUAUCCCCUAGAUACCACAAGUGGAAGGAAGGGUUUAUUCAAAGGAGGCGGAUGGUAUCUAUUAGGAAUACAAAGUUUAUCUGCGCUUUGCUUAACAGUUUGGAGUUUUGUUACCUCUAUUCUACUGCUCUGGGUGAUAGACAAGGUAAUACCGAUUAGAAUGUCGGUUUAUGAAGAAGUUCUUGGAGCAGAUCUUGUAGAGCAUAGAAUACGUCAUUCAAAGAUAGGUGUGAGUCGCGCCAUGUCGGCGCUUCGGCCAUUUACUAUGGAAAAGAAAUUGAAGAACGUACAUCCUGUGGGCAUUAAUCCUGGCCAUGAUUCGUUUCUUGCUCAGCAUAAGAGCAAAAAAUUUAAGAAUUUUACAAAUUCUAAAAAACAACAUCCGCCGAAAAAAUUGACGACGAAAAAUUCUAAAAUCAGAACGAUCGCAGACUCUGCGAUAUCUACGGAGGCAAAGCCGCACUUUGCUUGGGUGGAUUAAGAUAUAAAAAGAGAGAACUCGUACAAUAAGAGAUUUAUAUCGAUACUUCAUCGGAUGUAAAUUUAUUACAAAUGUAUAAACAUAUACACGUGCACUAACUUUCUAAUUUCGUCGCACAUUCCCUAAUAAUCCGAAAAAUGUAUGUGCGGAAGACACAUAUUUUU